GCUUAUAUUUCUCGAAUCUUAACAAAAUUAUCACUACCCUAAUUCCUAUCGAAUUCCGGUUAUUUGCAGAAAGCCAUAAGGAGAACCGAAUAGUUAAAACCCUUUCCUCUCCCAAAAACCCCAAACUCUCUCUUCUCGCCUCUCUUUCUACUCUAUUCUUCUUCCGUCGUUCGUUGAUCCGCCCUCCGCCGCGCCGCUCUCGGUGCCUCUGCCUGCUUUUCCCUUGCGAAUUGAAAUCCGAGCUAGCAGUAGCAAUGGCGGGCUUUCCACCUCCCGGCGCCACAAUCCUCGGAGAUGCUGCCGCAGGGAAGAAGAUCGAUGAAGUCGGGAAGAAGAAAGUCGAUUACUUUAACCUCCCUUGCCCCAUUCCCUUCGAAGAACUUCAACGCGAAGCUAUCAUGUCUUUAAAGCCUGAGCUUUUUGAGGGGAUGCGUUUUGAUUUCACCAAAGGGCUUAACCCCAAAUUUUCGCUGAGUCACAGCGUUUUCAUGGGUCCCAUGGAACUUCCUUCUCAAGGUGCUGAAACCCUUAAGAUUCCCACUGCUCAUUAUGAAUUUGGUGCUAAUUUCAUCGACCCAAAGUUGAUGCUCAUUGGAAGGGUCUUGACCGAUGGGAGACUAACAGCAAGAGUGAAGUGCGACUUAACUGAUGAUCUUAGUUUAAAAGCUAAUGCUCAGCUGUCAAAUGAGCCAAAUAUGUCUCAUGGCAUGGUCAACUUUGAUUACAAGGGCAAAGAUUACAGGACUCAACUUCAAUUAGGAGAUGGUUCUUUGUUUGGAGCUAGUUACAUUCAGAGUAUUACUCCACAUUUAUCCCUGGGUGGUGAAGUAUUUUGGGCUGGUCAGCAUCUAAAGUCUGGUGUCGGGUAUGCUGCUCGGUAUGAGAACGAUAAAAUGGUUGCGACAGGCCAAGUUGCUAGCACUGGGAUGAUUGCCAUGAGCUAUGUCCAGAAGGUCUCAGAGAAGGUCUCACUGGCAACAGAUUUCAUGUACAACUACCUUUCUCGAGAUGUGACUGCCAGUGUUGGGUAUGAUUACAUCCUCAGACAAGCGCGUCUGAGAGGGAAAUUAGACUCCAAUGGGUGUGCUUCUGCAUUCUUGGAGGAGCGGUUGAAUAUGGGUCUCAACUUUGUCCUGUCGGCCGAGAUUGAUCAUAAGAAGAGUGACUACAAAUUUGGAUUCGGACUGACAGUAGGUUAAGUGAGUCCCGUUCCAUUGUAUAAUUUGAGUGGAAGGACGACUUCAAGGAAGGAGUCACCGGCGGCCACCGGGCUUGUGUUUUGUUUCCCUCGGCCUUUCUACGUUAACGAAAUGGAGAGGGUACUCGGAUGUUAAACACUGUUCCUGUACUGUUUUUCUUUAUUGGAAAAAACCGAGAGAUUAGGCCGAGUGGUCAUUAAGAGUAGGAUUUGCUUGAGUUAAAUAUUUAUUCCAUCCGGCCCCACUCUUCUUUUUAGCAAUAAUUGGGUAGUUCAUUAUCAUUAUUACUAAUAUAAUUUGUUUUAUCCA